GGGGUGGGUAAACAUAGGCUAUGCGGGGUUGGUUGAGCCGGUAAGAGGAGUUAGCUUUUUAGGAAACAAAGGCCCUAGCUCCGCGCCUGGGCAUCACCCAGCAACAAAUCCACUGACAAAGAAAGGCCAUAAUAGCCGGGGAACAGGCUCGAAAAGACGCGGCAGCAAUUGGGCUGCGUCUCGCUGAGAAAACGGCCAAAAACCAUGAAAAAUGACACUCGAUCGGCUUUUUUGGCGCCGUUUCGCGCCGAUCGGGCCACCGCAGAGUCGGAUAUCAUCGCCCACAUGGCCGUCGACGAUCUGAGACAAUUUGCGGCGGCAGCGGCCCAUCGGAUGUCGGUCUAUUCGGUGUCCGCGUUUCUCGCCGAGACGCUGUUUUUGGUGAAAACGCCACCAAAGGCGCCGAGAUUUGGCUCGGGCCUUCCCAGCUACCACGUCGGGCAUCUCCGAGAUUUUGGGGCGCAACGGCCGCGCGGCUGCCGCAAAAAAGCGUUUCGGGCAGCCUAUGCUCGCAAAAUCGAGCUUUUUACCUGCUGCCCCUCUGGUGCCGCAAAUUGGCUUGAUGGAAUCAGCGCCGGCAUGGCUUCCAUUUAAGCCCGUUUGGGACACCAGAGGUGCAGUUGCGGCUGAUAUUGGGGCCCUGGCGAGCGCGUUUUGGGCCGCGUUUUUGUG